UCGGCAAGCUAAUAGAUCUGUCACGCACUGGCGAUCUUAAAAGAAAUUCAAAUCUCAAUAAGUAACAUCGUGACGUUGUAAAUGUUUUACUCUCUGUAUCAAACAAUAUACGAGGAUGCAGUUGUCGACAUUGUACUCGUUAUCGAGACGAAUAAUGACGUUGUUGCAGUAUAACAAUAUACGAAGAUGCAGUUGUGGAUAUUCUACUCGUUAUCGAAACGAAUAUUGAUGUUGUUGCCGUAUACAAAUAUACAAGGAUGCAGACACGGACAUUCUACUCAUUAUUCAGACGAAUAAUGACGUUGUUGCCGUGACCAUUUUAUUUCUAUUAACUAUUCCGGAACAUGAUAAAUUUUAUUUUUAUUCCAGGUGAAAAUCAAGAAGCUAGACUUUGCUAACAGAGGUUAUUAGAACGUCAAACGUAGUCCACGACAGCUGGCUGUAUACACGUGAAAUAAUAAUCCAGUUUAUCAUUCAAGUGAAUAAUCUAUUAACUGGACAUGGCUGAAAGCGAUGUUGUUCAAAUUCUGGAAAUUCGUGACGAGUUCGUUACGUGUGAGAUUUGUUUGGAGUAUUUUGACGAUCAAGACAAAUCUCCACGUAUCUUACCGUGUUUCCACAGUUUCUGCUGUCGCUGUCUGGAGUCGAUUUGGGAGAAGUCACCAGCUGGAGUAAGAUGUCCCAACUGUCGACAGGUUUGGCCUGUUCAGAAGAACAUUCCAGGAACAUUUCCACAGAACAAGGUGUUGAGGAAUUUAAUUGAAUAUGUUAACAUGAAAAACAAGCUGGAUGAAAUUAUGUGCAACGAGUGUCCGGACAGUUGUAGAGCAACAGUGCGUUGUAUGAACUGCAGCGAAUACAUGUGUCAAGCAUGUACAGCAUACCACAAGAAAUUUGCAAUGUCGAAACAUCAUCACACUGUUCUUAUUUCGGAAUAUAUCAACAUGCCCCAAGAAGUCCUUUUCCAACAGAAAUAUAUUUGUACAAACCACGAAAAUAUGAACUUGGAUAUAUUCUGCAGGGUAUGUUCAGUCGCUGUUUGUUCAUCGUGCGCUCUUAUCUCUCAUAGAGAUCACGAGAUACUAGACCUAAAAGAUGUCUAUCAGGCAAAGAAAGAUCAAAUUAGAGCAAUCCUAUGCGAUUUAGAAACGUCGAAAGACACAUCAGAAGGUUACAAAUGCAAGCUUGUUGAACAGAAUGAAGCACUAAGUGUUAUGAAAGAACGACGUUUGCAAGAUAUUGAUGACUCAUAUGAAAAAUGCAUCACAAUGUUGUCUGAGAAAAGACAACAAUUAAAAGAACAAGUAAUUUCUAACGUGGCCAAACAACAGGCUGACAGAAAUGAGAAAUUGGAGAGGCUAACUCAGUCAAAUGACAGUAAAAGUCAACAUUCUCUUUACUGUCAACAAGCGAUGUCGUAUGCACGCGCUGUUCAGUUUAUAGAAAUGUCUGAGGAUCUGGAGAAGGAAACCAGAAGGCUGCUAGAAAUACCUCAACUGUUGAAUAUGAAGAUGGAAAAGGUAGACGUAGAUCUGGAUACCUUUGAUGAGGUUUGUAAAAUCCUGCAGAAACGUACAAUGGUGGUUGAUAUGUCGCAGAUAAAACCAUGUAUUGAGGUGACGGAUGCCAAAAAAGGUGACGAAUCCCGUGUGAUUCAAGUUACAUUGCUACCAAAGGAAACUAAAGUCGGCAAUCAGACAGAUAUGUUAAAAGCAAUGAUUGAACCAGACACUGAAAUGAAGGGUGAGGAGAAACCGAAGACACAACUGAUUUCGUUUGGUGCGGGGAGCGUUACGUAUAAGCCAACGUGUACUGGACCUCACAGGUGUUUCAUUAGUCUCUGUGGACAUCAGCUGACUAAUGAUGGAAUUGUAUUUCACAGCAGAAACAACGAUGACGAUGUGAUGAAAAAAAUCCUCUUCGGUGCUGACGAUCAGUCAGGACAAUACAGAGAAGUUCUUUUACCAACUGUAGAGUUUGACCGGAAGAAUAUUUACAGGAUGAUAUGUAGUAUUAACGAAUCUGAAAUUCUGGUGAACAAAAUUUCAGCAACAUCAACUUCUAACCAGACUUCCGGUCUGCAGCGUUUCUCUGGAGUGACAGCCAGAACGUGCAUUCCACGACGAGGAAUAUCUUACUGGGAGACGGAAGUGGACUGUACGGUAGUAGGAUCGGUAGAAUUAGACAACGCAGCAGCAGAAGUCGGUGUUUGUAUGGACGGACACUGUGACGAUGUAGACGGGAUUUGGAACAACGAACAUGCUUGGUGUGUCGGUGUGUUCCGCUGUAGAUCUCACAACAGUCUCUGUUUAGGUGUUCUGUCACGUGGAGAGCUGCUGUAUCACAGUCCUGUGACAGGUUUUAAACACGACACACGACUCACUGUCACACUCGGACUGUUAGUAGACUCAGACAACGCCACUCUCCACGUUAUCCGUGUUGACGACAACACAGUUUUACACUCAGUCUCAAACAUCGACGUGUCACGGCCGCUAAUGCCCAUGUUUCGUGUUGGCAGGUCUGAAUAUUUUGAUGUUAAAAUGAAAAUAUCAUCUGGCCCAGAUCUUUCAGUAAACCGUGAACUGUUGGUCCUACUCUCGAGUUUAAUUAAAUAGUCAAAAUGGGAGCAAGUCAUCCAAAUAGUUAAAUUUAAAGUUUGUUUUGUUUAACGACACCACUAGA